CGUGGGUCCUUCUGUUUCUCGUCCGACAACUCAGUGAGUCCUCACGCCGAGCACCCCCUUCGACAUCGACAGCGACGGCACAGGACAUAAGCGGCGAUGGACAGGGCGCACAUUGGGCGACCGCAGCGGCGGUGUCGCGGCGCAUAUCCCCCUCCCCAUCGACAAAUCUUCGGCAUCCUUCCAGCGACCACUCCGCUGCAGCAUUCGACGGCGCUUGGCAAAUACAUGCGCCAGACGAACUUUCGGCGACUGCGCCUGCAUCCUGUCCAUCCGCGAAGCCUGUCUGCCCCGCUGUCCUUGUCCUGGAGGUGCUCCGGCACUUGUCACACGUUUUAGUACUAACGACAGAAAUGGGUAUCUCUCGUGACUCCCGCCACAAGCGCAGUGCAUCCGGCGCUCGCCGCGCCCACUACCGCAAGAAGCGCAAGUUCGAGCUCGGCCGUCAGUCGGCCAUGACCAAGCUCGACACUUCGAAGCGUAUCCACACUGUGCGCACCCGUGGCGGCAACACCAAGUACCGCGCCCUCCGUCUGGACUCGGGCAACUUUGCUUGGGGCUCCGAGGCCAUCACCCGCAAGACGCGUCUGAUUGCUGUUCGUUACAACACGACCAACAACGAGCUCCUGCGUACCCAGACCCUCGUCAAGUCGGCCGUCGUCGAGGUUGACGCCACCCCCUUCCGCCAGUGGUACGAGGCCCACUACGCCCAGCCGGUCGUCCCCGCCAAGGCCGGUGCCGCCGCCCCCGAGGAGGAGACUAAGAAGUCGAACCACGUCCAGCGCAUCGUUGCCGAGCGCAAGAAGGACGCCAAGAUCGACCCCCACCUCUCCCAGCAGUUCCGUGCCGGCCGUCUCCUCGCCGUCAUCACCUCGCGCCCCGGCCAGUCCGGCCGCGCCGACGGCUACAUCCUUGAGGGCAAGGAGCUCGACUUCUACCUCAAGAAGCUCCAGACCCGCAAGCAGAAGCACGCCGCCUAAGCGGUAGUGUGAGGGGACGCUUGUACGAGAGAUGGAUUCAUGCUCAUAAAACGCAUGUUCGCGAGGGCGGCGGAGAUGCGACCACAUCAGAUUUAGUUGGCCGGGGGUGCAGUGGGGAGUGUUUGCAGUCAGGUGUGCGGGGAGGUGCAGGUGCAGGUGCGGCGCCACGGUUGAGGUUGUGCCUGGGUGGCCGUGAGAGGAUUCGGUCGUGCAACAGCAGGCCUGACGUCUUACGAUUUUCUAUACUGAGGCGGCUCACUUGUGAACAUGAGGGGCGCAGAGACCAGAGCAACGCGCUUCUCUGUCUGCCAUGUGUCCCUACGCCCUCACAUCUCCGGCGGCGACGAGGUUGAGGGGCGCGGUUCACUCCGUGGGAGACUUGGGUGUGACAGCUACGUGGGUCGACGUAAUUGCCAGUCAAUUCUGGUUUAUUUUGAAUGUGGCGGAGAGAC